AUGGCGUCCGGUAACGUCCAGCGUCGACCACACAGAUCCUCUUCCGCUACUUUACAGUGGACAACUCUCUUCUACCUCCUCCUCAUCUUUGUCUGUCCGUUGGCUUUGAUCGGCAGAGUAAAUGCCCAAGAUCAAACCCCAGUGAACGACUCAGAUAGCAACUAUGGCACCGUCAUCGGUAUCGAUCUGGGUACAACAUACUCCUGCGUCGGUGUGAUGCAGAACGGCAAGGUCGAGAUCAUUGUGAACGACCAGGGAAAUCGGAUAACGCCUUCAUACGUGGCAUUCACCGAUGAAGAGCGGUUAGUGGGAGACGCGGCAAAGAAUCAAUAUGCUUCGAAUCCCACCAGAACGAUUUUUGACAUCAAGCGUUUGAUCGGCCGUAAAUUCGAGGACAAGGACGUUCAGCGAGAUCUAAAACACUUUCCCUUCAAGGUGGCCAGCAAAGAUGGCAAGCCUGUGGUCAAUGUCGAGGUUAGCGGCAAACCAAAGACCUUCACACCCGAAGAAAUCUCCGCCAUGGUUCUGGGCAAGAUGAAGGAAGUUGCAGAGGCAUACUUGGGCAAGAAAGUUACCCACGCGGUCGUCACAGUCCCGGCAUACUUCAACGACGCUCAGCGACAAGCCACCAAGGAUGCUGGUACUAUCGCCGGAUUGACUGUCCUGCGUGUGGUUAACGAGCCGACUGCCGCAGCCAUUGCCUAUGGCCUUGACAAGAAGGGCAAGGAGAGCCAGAUCAUUGUCUACGAUCUUGGUGGUGGCACUUUCGAUGUUUCCCUUCUCUCAAUUGAAGACGGCGUUUUCGAGGUCUUGGCUACCGCCGGUGACACUCAUCUCGGUGGUGAAGAUUUCGACCAGCGAGUGAUUGAUUACUUUGUGAAGAAAUUCAACAAGGAGAACGAUGUUGAUAUCCGCAAGGAUCUGAAGACCAUGGGCAAGCUGAAGCGCGAGGUUGAGCGGGCCAAGCGAACUCUGUCCUCCCAAAUGUCUACUCGAAUUGAAAUCGAAGCUUUCCACAACGGCAAGGACUUCUCUGAGACCUUGACCCGAGCCAAAUUCGAGGAGUUGAACAUGGACUUGUUCAAGAAGACACUCAAGCCCGUCGAACAGGUCUUGAAAGACGCCAAGGUGAAGAAAUCCGAGGUCGACGACAUCGUUCUCAUUGGUGGUUCUACUCGUAUCCCCAAGGUCCAAUCCAUGAUCGAGGAGUUCUUCGGUGGCAAGAAGGCAAGCAAGGGUAUCAACCCAGACGAAGCUGUGGCAUAUGGUGCAGCCGUUCAAGGUGGUGUCCUUUCUGGGGAGACCGGCACCGAAGAUCUCAUUCUGAUGGAUGUCAAUCCCCUUACUCUCGGCAUUGAAACUACCGGCGGUGUCAUGACCAAACUCAUUCCCCGAAACACCCUCGUACCGACCAAGAAAUCUCAGAUCUUCUCUACAGCAGCGGAUAACCAGCCUGUGGUGCUUAUCCAGGUUUUCGAAGGCGAACGAGCAAUGACCAAGGACAACAACCUUCUGGGCAAAUUUGAACUUACCGGUAUUCCUCCUGCCCCUCGUGGUGUCCCUCAGAUUGAAGUCUCCUUCGAACUCGACGCAAACGGUAUCCUCAAGGUUUCAGCUGGUGACAAAGGCACUGGCAAGUCAGAGUCGAUCACCAUCACGAACGACAAGGGACGCCUCACGCAAGAGGAAAUCGAUCGAAUGGUCGCAGAGGCCGAAGAGUUCGCCGAGGCCGACCGUGCUGUCAAGGACAAGAUUGACGCCCGCAAUAAGCUGGAGAACUAUGCCUCUUCACUGAAGAACCAAGUCCACGACGAAGAUGGGCUUGGUGGCAAGAUCGAUGAUGAAGACAAGGAAACUCUUCUAGACGCGAUCAAGGAGACGCAAGACUGGCUCAGUGACAACGCCGAUUCCGCAGACAAGGACGACUUCGAGGAGCAAUUCGAGAAGCUGUCUCAAGUCGCAUAUCCUAUCAGCAGCAAGCUAUAUGCUGGCGCAGGAGGCAUGCCAGACUAUGGAGAUGAUGAUGACGAGCCCUCGGGACACGACGAGCUGUGA